CUGGUGGCUUGUCAUUGUUGAUAGACAACCAUUUUUUCACCUCUUCCACACUGACUUUAACAGAAUUCAAAAGUACUAUUCUUGUAUUUCAUAAUUUGGUCUGAUAUACUUGGAUGUGUCGUGUCAGCGUUUGUUGCUGGCAUGUCAUCCCUAAGUUUGCUUAUCUUGCCAAUGAAGAAGUCAUUAAAGUAGUUUGCAAUCUAUGGAGAUAUGAAGGAACCAGAGUCAUUCAAUAUUGAAAAUUAAACUUUUCCGUCUUUGUAGAAACUGAGUAUCAAUGGAUACAUGGAGUACGCCAAGGACCACGAGCUGCUGACCCCUUACCCAGCAUCCUCUCUGGUCAUCCCCUCCAAGCUGGAGGAAGAGGCUGGAUCAGUCUAACAUCUUAACAUCUAGGGGCCAAACCAACAUGGCGGAGAUCAGAGUUGGGCUCAAUUCCAUUUCAAUGCCAGUCAAUUCAGGAAGUACACUGAAAAUCCAAUUCCAAUUCUCUUUUAAUGCUCGUCUAAACAUUAUUUUGAUAGUGAUACCUCCAAUACCUAGCAUUUCCUUUAAAGCCGUAUUCCCAUAUUGACUGUUAGGUCAACCGUAAACCCUCAAACACACAGUAGCUAUGGCAAAGAACAAUUCAAAGGCUUUUAAGUUUCUAAGUGACUAUAAACAAACCACUAAAAACUGAUUUAGAACUAUUGCCCCAUUCAGACUUCAGUCCACUGAGCCUUGGUGCCCAGUUUAUUAUUAACAUGGGCAUGGCCCACUGUUUAAGGAUAGAUUCUGUUUACCUUUGUCACUGUGGGCAUGUCUGAGCUGGCGUGAGGUGACUGAGGGGAAACUGUUGUUUCCACAAUGCCUCAAUGGUAACCAAGUAACUAUCACUGAACCUAUCAACCUACCUAGAAUUACCUACCAUAAUGGUAUUAUGCGACUAGUUUAGCUGUGCUUUAGUAGUACUUAGAUAUGUUGAAUGGGGAAUAUUGAAGAGCUGCAACAUGAAAUCUAACCGGACCCACCCACAGCAGAGACUGUUUGAUGACCAUUCAUUGGGGUCACCUGAUGAAGACUGCUGUGGAGAGUGCUGCAGGCCUAGCUGUCGGUGCUGCAGCAGACGAGCUGUCUGUCUCUCCAGUAUAAUACUAACUGUAGGAACAGUCCUGGCUGUAAUAGGGGUUAUACUCACUCUGGUCUUUGGGAUCCCCAAAUCACCUCCUGUAAACCGUGUCUGCAGGACAGCGGACAACGCGACAGGCUUCCUGUGUGACGACAGAGUGACCUGUAUCCCGCCCUCUGACCUCUGUAACGGGGUCGUGACAUGCCCCAAAGGAGCCGAUGAGGACACACACUUGUGCAGUGAUCUCCCCAACAACCUUCCAGAUGGUCUUGUGUUUCGAUGUGGAAACCCUCAGUUCUGGGUCUUUACUGACAAGAAGUGUAACAACUUCAACGACUGUGGGGACUGCUCUGAUGAGAUUGGGCCUUAUGCUGGCUGUGCCCCCUGUGGUGUGUACUGGUGGCCCUGCAUACCAGUAGACUUCCAGUACUGUUCCUGCAUCCCUCGCUGUCUAUGCCGUGAUGGACGCCAGCACUGCUACGACUGGUCUGACGAGUACACCUGCCCCAAAAGUUUAACCUGCUAGGCUAACUGCCACAUCCAUCCCCUA